AUGGGGUAUUUCACUCAUCUAGUUCACAUCAGCAACAAGGAAUAUUUGGUUCACAACAGCAGCAGCAACUGCCAUAGCCAUGGCAACAAGGGGAGUAGUGAAUAUACGCCGAUUGGGACACAUGAGGGAUUGGGGACGGCGUGUAAGAAAUCGGCGGAGACAGAAGUGGAAUUGGGGGUCGACGACCGGCAAUCGGAAGAACUGGUGAAGUUAAAGCAGAGGCUGGUGUCGCAGGUGUUGGAGAUAGGGAUUAUAUUUCACUCGGUGAUCAUAGGGGUGACGAUGGGGAUGUCUCAGAAUCAGUGUACGAUCAGGCCGCUAGUUGCUGCUCUGGCGUUCCAUCAGAUCUUCGAAGGGAUGGGUCUCGGAGGUUGCAUUGCUCAGAUGCUUGGAGGCAACCGCGGCGUACUGGUUAGUGAAGUUAAUACCCAGCUAAAGGGGGUUUUGGCUUUGUGUAUGGGUUUUGAGGAAGAGAGAGAAGUGACAACUCCAAUGGGGAUAGUGUUGGGAAUGAUUGUGUUCUCGGUGACUGGCUACAAUGACAGCAGCCCUAAUGCCUUGAUUCUGGAAGGGUUGUUGGGGUCCCUAUCGUCUGGUAUUCUCAUCUAUAUGGGUCUGGUAGAUCUCAUAGCUCUUGAUUUCUUUCAUAACAAGUUGAUGGGUUCCCAACCAUGGUUGAAAAAGGCAUCUUUUAUUGCCCUUGUCCUUGGCUCUACGUCAAUGUCUAUCCUUGCCCUUUGGGCGUGA